CAACCGCUCUGGUGUCUGACAGUCUGCAGCUUGUCCGCUUUGAAUUAAGUUGACUUUGUAAUUUUAUUUUUACUUAAUUAAAAAAACGAAUAUUUGUACUAUCGCUAAAUUGUAUUAAUAAUAUUUAUAAAAGACAAGAAGAGGUCUGCUUGCUUCUACUCAAACUUAGAACGAUCUACGGAAGAAGUAUCCUGCCAAUUGUUAAAUCAAAGCAACGGAGGCUGAACAUGGCUGAGAGCAGCAGAUUGCACUAUCCACCAUCUGAGUGUGAAGUCAUUCCAGACUCUGAAGAGGUUCUGAGAAUUCUGUGUGACGAGUUUAAAGAUUUACUAGAAGGGCUACAGGAGCAAAAGAACCUCAAGAAUAAAUCUCAUGUACAGAAUUUCUUCAGAGAAGAAUUUGAUAAAAGUGUUGAGGAUUUCCUAGAGGUGAAGAAAGUGAAAGUGCUCAUGAAUCUCUCAAACUCUGUCUGUCAGAUUCGGACAUCUGAGGGCUCUGCCAGAGGAACUGGGUUCUUGCUCUUAAAAAAAUUCAUCCUCACUAAUGCACAUGUGAUUGGGUUCGGUAACUCUAAAGUGUUCAAUCCUGAAGAAUUCACAGCUGUAUUUGGUUAUGAAGACCUGGAUCAAAAUGGAACCAAGCAUGUACCGAUCAAAGACCUCACAUCUUACUUUCAUGGCAAGGACAAGAAGGGGAACCAUCUUGACUAUGCUCUUCUUGAAUUGAAUGUUGAAAUUUCUGGGUGUCCUGUAUUGUUGAAUCAUUACAAAAAUAACUCGCCUAAUAACAAAAGUCAGAUCUGCAUUGUAGGUCAUCCAGGUACUGGGGUGAAGAAAAUGGAAACGUGUUUCGUCAUUGGGAAAGAAAAUCGACAAGAGGCUCAAUUCAUUCAUAUUAUGAGACUACAAAACGUAAAGGAGGAAUGGGAUGAAAACCAGAUAACUUAUGACUCUUGUUUCUUUCAUGGAUCAUCUGGCUCUCCAGUUUUUGAUGGGGACUGCAAACUGAUCGGUAUUCACACCGGUGGCUAUGUGUAUAAAGGAGAAGGAGGGAAAACUAGGAGUGUUAUGGAAUACGCUUAUGCCAUGCAGCCCACACUGGACUACAUCAAAGCACAAGCUCGAAUUAAAGGUCAUAUUGACCUUUUGCACCAACUUAGAAAUCACACUUAAUGGAUCCUAGAUCCUCACGUGCAGAAUGUUUUUAUUGUUGUGUUUUGUUUUAGUUUAUCCCUAAUCAUUUAUUUACAUAAUCAUAAUCAAGAGCAAGAGCAAAGGAAAUCUACGUGAGUGGAAAUGCGAAGAAUUAAAGUAAAGAUGCUAUCAAAGCUGUCUUAUUCUGUAUGUCAGAUUCAAGUGGAGGGUUCAACCCUUAAGAAUUAGAUCUUUUACGGUUCAACAGAUUUGUCCUCAAUUAUAUUCAUGCCAUUGAGAACUUUGCUAUGUUCAUUAAGGAGCAUCUUUAUCCAUAGUGACUCCAGAUGACUGUAAAAACUGUAUUUCAUUUGAAGAUCAUCAGUCCAAAGUGACAGAACUGUCAGCCGACAAAGAACUUAUCUUGUGCUCUUCUCGGACCGGACACUGAUACACCUGCUUACUUUACUACAUUGCUCGAUUAUUAUAGUUAUGUUAUGCGCCUCCUCGUGCUGGAAAUCAGAUCGGCAUUGGGAAGUUCCUGUAAUACUUAUUUUGUUUGUGUUUAUUAUGUUUGUGCUUGAUGGACCAAAUACACACACCAUUACAUAUGAAUACUAAAAUCAUAUGCAAUGUUUUAUUACAAAUGAUAUGUGUGUGUCUUUUGCACAAAGUAUAUUUUGGU